CGAACGCUGAGGGGCCCGGAUCUGACAUUGUUCGGAGCUGCGGCGGGGAGGGAGAGGGCGGGGCCUCCCCUCUGGGCGGCGGCCCCGCCGCUGGUCCGCCUCCGCCGCUGCCGCCUCCGCGCGCCAAAAUCAAAUCGGAGACCCGCCGGCGGGAGACCCGGUGACGAGUCCAGCCAGCAGCGCGGUGGCGGCGGCGGCGGAGGCGCGAGCACCUGUGUCCCCUUCCCGGCCACCUGCCCGACGCGCCCCGGCCGCCCCUUGCCGAGGCAUGGCCACCCCCCCCAAGAGGAGCUGUCCGUCUCCCGCGACCAGCUCCGAGGGAACCCGCAUCAAGAAAAUUUCCAUCGAAGGGAACAUCGCAUUUGGACUUCUAAAAAGCAAGGCAAGCAGAUGCUUUAGCAGCAUUCCAAGGGUUAGAAUAAAAGCUGAACAUACCCUCAAAGAGGAUAUUUUGUUUCAUUGCUCUCAUAUUAAGGCACCAGUGGAAAAGGUCCAUAUAUAGUUGGACCCUUGAAUAACAUGUAUUUGAACUGUGCAGCUGCGGGAAAGUCAACAUUUGUGAAUAUCCUUAAACAAGUCUGUGAGGAUUGGGAAGUGGUUCCUGAACCAGUUGCCAGAUGGUGCAAUGUUCAAAGUACUCAAGAUGAAUUUCAGCAAGAACUGACCACAUCUCAGAAAAGUGGUGGGAAUGUCCUUCAGAUGAUGUAUGAGAAACCUGAGCGAUGGUCUUUUACCUUCCAGUCAUAUGCCUGCCUCAGUCGCAUACGAGCUCAGCUUGCCUCUCUCAAUGGCAAGCUCAAAGAUGCGGAGAAACCUGUAUUAUUUUUUGAACGAUCUGUGUAUAGUGACAGGUAUAUUUUUGCAUCUAAUUUGUAUGAAUCUGAAUGCAUGAAUGAAACAGAGUGGACAAUUUAUCAGGACUGGCAUGACUGGUUGAAUAACCAAUUUGGCCAAAGCCUUGAAUUGGAUGGAAUCAUUUAUCUUCGAGCUAGUCCAGAGAAAUGCUUGAAUAGAAUACAUUUACGGGGAAGAAAUGAAGAACAAGGCAUUCCUCUUGAAUAUUUAGAGAAGCUUCACUAUAAGCAUGAAAGCUGGCUCCUGCACAGAACACUGAAAACCAACUUUGAUUAUCUAGAAGAAGUGCCUAUCUUAACAUUGGAUGUUAAUGAAGACUUUAAAGACAAACAUGACAGUCUGAUUGAAAAGGUCAAAGAAUUUUUGAGCACUUUGUGAUCUUGCUGAAGACUUCAGGGAG